AUGGAUGCCCGCCUAAACCGACUCCAGGAUCAACUGUGGCAUCUGGAUGCUAGCCUAAACCGACUUAAGGACCAACUGUGGCAUCUGGAUGCCCGGUUAAAACGAUUUAUGGAGCAACUGUGGGAUACGGAUGCCCACCUAAACCGACUUAAGGAGCAACUGGGGGACCUGGAUGACCGCCUAAACCGACUUCAGGAUAAUCUGUGGCAUCUGGAUGCUCGCCUAAACCGACUUCAGGAGCAACUGUGGCAUCUGGAUGCCCGCCUAAAACGACUUAUGGAGCAACUGUGGGAUACGAAUGCCCACCUAAACAGAUUUAAGGAGCAACAGGGGGACCUGAAUGACCGCCUAAACCGACUUCAGGAUCAACUGUGGAAUCUGGAUGCUCGCCUGAACCGACCACAUGAACACCUGUGGGAUCUGGAUGCCCGCCUAAACCGACAUAAGGAGCAACUAAUGGUCGCAAACCGACUUCAGAGGCAGCUGUGGGACCUGGAUGCCCGCCCAAACCGACUUAAGGAGCAGCUGUGA